GAUUUUUUGCUAAGAGCCUUAAAAAUGCCCAAUUCGAGGUAAAGUGUGAGAAAACGUCAAUAAUAAAUCUAUCAGCUGUCCUCCCUUUUUCCCGCCCCUCUCUUCAUUGGCUCUCUACACCGACGUUCCACGCUAACGGGGCUGCGAUUGGUCCGCUGGGCUGGCCGUCAAAGAGAGCUCCGGCUUUGGGCAGAGAGACGCACGCUGCUUCUAGUCCCUGCUGCUCAGUGCAUCGAGCGGCGGAGGGAAUUGGAGUUUGUGCGUCUUGUUGUGAGUCCGUGGACCAAACAGCAGCAGCACCAGUGCGCUUUUCCUCCUCCAGAGCCGCGGGCAUCCCGGGGAGGAGCAGCAGCCGUGCAUGUAUUGGAUAGAAGGAGGAAGAGGAUUCUGCUUUUUUGCCUCAUUCAUUAUUAUUUUUUGACUCAUUGAGACAUCCAUAUUUUCGCUUUUCCCUAAUGGUAACCAACACCGAGCAGCCGGAGACAUGUGGACUAAUCUGGGGAAACUGCAGCGCUUCUUCCUCUUAGUGUGUCUUCUCCUGACGCUGCGGGCUGAGGUGUCUCGGGCCACCGGUUACUUCGAGCUGCAGUUGAUUUCGGUGGAAAACCCCAAAGGUCUGCUAAACAACGGCGAUUGUUGCGACGACGAGAAGAGCGCGGCGGAAGGCCACUGCGGCGAGGACGAGUGUGACACCUACUUAAGAGUGUGCUUAAAGGAAUACCAAACGGAGGUCACGACUAAUGGACCGUGCACCUACGGCACGGAAACUACACAGGUUAUCGGUGGGAAUACUUUUCAGUUCAAAGGCGGACAGAAAACGGGACAGAACCGGAACAACGAUGUCGGGAAGAUCAAGAUUCCCUUCCAGUUCGCGUGGCCGCGAGCGUUCACUGUGAUAGUGGAGGCGUGGGACAGGGACAACGGCACACACAGCAAUGAUGAUGAGCUACUGAUAGUGCGCAGCAUCCACAGAGGAAUGAUUAACCCUGGAGAGGAGAAACAAGUGGUGGAAUAUAAAACUUUGAUUGCUAGUAUUGGCUACACCAUCCGUGUGCGCUGUGAUGAAAACUACUAUGGCACCAAAUGCAAUAAAGUAUGCCGUCCACGCAAUGACUACUUCGGCCAUUAUGUGUGCGACCAAACUGGAAACCAAGAAUGUAUGGAGGGCUGGACAGGGCCUGACUGCAACAAAGCCAUCUGCAAACAAGGCUGCAGCCCCAUCCACGGGAUUUGUAAUGUGCCAGGAGAAUGCAAGUGUAACUACGGCUGGCAGGGUCCGUUGUGUGAGGAGUGCUUGCCAUACCCAGGCUGUGUUCAUGGUACCUGCAAGCAGCCCUGGCAGUGCAACUGUGAGAAGAACUGGGGAGGCCUGCUAUGUGAUAAAGAUCUGAACUACUGUGGGACCAACCGGCCCUGUAAGAAUGGAGGAACGUGUAUGAACACGGAACCAGACGAAUACCACUGCGCCUGUCCGGAUGGCUACUCUGGCAAGAACUGCGAAAUCGCGGAGCAUGCCUGUGUGUCUAAUCCUUGUGCCAACGGAGGGACGUGCCACGAAGUCCCUACGGGGUUUGAGUGUCACUGUCCUGCUGGCUGGACUGGGCCAACCUGUGCUAAAGACACUGAUGAAUGUGCCUCCAGCCCCUGUGCUCAGGGCGGGACAUGCAUCGACAUGGAGAACGGCUUCGAAUGCCUCUGUCUUCCACAGUGGACAGGCAAGACCUGCCAGAUAGAUGUAAAUGAGUGCGCGGGGAAGCCGUGCCUCAAUGCUUACGCUUGCAAAAACUUGAUUGGUGGAUAUCACUGUGCCUGCUUUCAUGGAUGGGUGGGCCAGAACUGUGACAUCAACGUGAACAGCUGUCACGGACAGUGUCAGAACGGAGGGACCUGCAAGGAGUUGGCCAGAGGCUACCAGUGUGUCUGCCAGCCAGGUUUUGGGGGUCGGCACUGCGAGGUUCCGAGGAACUGGUGCAGUAGCAGUCCAUGUAAGAACGGCGGGCGCUGCCACACUCUGCUGCACGGCUUCAUGUGUGAAUGCCCACAGGGCUUCACUGGAACAACGUGUGAGUUGCAGAACAACCCCUGUAGCCCAAACCCGUGUCAGAACAAGGCUCAGUGCCACAGCCUGACCGGUGAUUUCUACUGCAGCUGUCCGGAUGACUAUGAGGGCAAAACCUGUUCAGAGCUCAAGGACCACUGCAAGACCAACCAAUGUGAAGUGAUUGAUAGUUGCACUGUUGCCGUCACAACUAACGACACUAAAAAGAGGGUGUGGAACAUCUCAUCCAAUGUGUGUGGACCGCGUGGCCGCUGCAUCAGCCUGCCGGCUGGGAACUUCAGCUGCUCCUGUGAUCCGGGAUUCACUGGCACCUACUGCCAUGAGAACAUUAAUGACUGUGCACCAUCUCCGUGCAAGAACGGAGGCACUUGCAUCGAUGAGAUCAACUCCUUUAAGUGUUUCUGCCCAGACGGCUGGGAGGGCAGCCUCUGUGAUGUUGACGUAAACGAGUGCAGCAGGAACCCCUGUCAGAAUGGAGGCCAAUGUGUCGAUCUGCUUAAUGACUUCUACUGCAACUGUGUAGACAACUGGAAAGGAAAGACCUGCCACUCACGCGAGAGCCAGUGCGACUCCACUACCUGCAGUAACGGGGGAACGUGUUAUGACCACGGAGACUCCUUCCUGUGCAGCUGUCACUCAGGCUGGGGUGGCAGCACCUGCAACACGGCCAAGAACAGCACCUGUGAUUCAGGUCCUUGCGAAAAUGGAGGGACAUGUGUUGGAGGGGGAGAUGCCUACACUUGUAUAUGCAAAGACGGCUGGGAAGGACCCACAUGUUCACAGAAUGUUGAUGACUGCAAUCCUCAUCCCUGCUACAACGGCGGCAUCUGCGUGGAUGGUGUGAACUGGUUUCGCUGCGAGUGCGCUCCAGGAUUCGCUGGACCGGACUGCCGCAUCAACAUCGAUGAGUGUCAGUCGUCUCCUUGUGCUGAAGGUUCGACCUGCAUGGAUGAGAUCAAUGGCUACCGCUGUCUCUGUCCUCCAGGACAUGCUGGACCUCGCUGCCAAGACUUCAUCGGACUUGGGAAGCCAUGCCGUCACACUGACCUACAGUUUCCUCACGGCAGCCGCUGGGAGGAGGAAUGUAACACAUGCCAGUGUGUCAACGGGAAUGUUCAUUGUUCCAAGGUGAGAUGUGGCCGUAAGCUCUGCAUCCUCCCGAAGGCUCUUCCGCCUCCCGAAGCAAACCUUCCGUCCUGCCCCGGAGGUCACGAGUGUGUGGAGCACCAGUUCCUCACCUGCUUCUCGCCACCCUGUCAUCAGUGGGGGGUGUGCUCAACGCCAGACCCCCCCACACCUCUGCACACCCAGUGCGAACCUAACAGCGGCUAUCUGGAUAACAACUGUGCUCACAUCACACUCAUCUUUAAAAAGGACAAAGUGCCACAGGGAACCACAGUGGAGAACAUCUGCUCGGAGCUGAGGUAUCUCCCCGUGACUCGGACGCUUGCUGAAGAGCGGGCAUUGCUCAUCCUCUGUGACCAGUCCUACUCCACCAGUGAUGCCGUGGAAGUCGCUUUGUCUUUUGAGCAGGAUGGAGGAUCGAAAGACGGCGACUGUGGACAGAUCCAGAAGGUGGCCAGCGCUAUCACCAGUGCGCUGUCCAAACGCCAGAACAGCACCAUCAUUCUGGCAGUGGUUGAGGUCAAAGUGAAGGUGGUGGUGGAGUGCCCUACUGUUGGUUACCUGGUCCCAGUUUUGUGUGUGGUCUUCAGCGUUCUCUGGAUCUUCUGCAUCGUUGUUUGCGUUUGGUGGACCCGCAAGAGGAAGAAAGAGCGCGAGAGAGCGGCCCGAUCUGAGGAGACAACAGUCAACAACCAGCUGGAGCCGCUGCGAAGCAACGCUCUCAAGGAUAACCGCGACAAAGACGUUCAGUACGAAUGCAAGAAACUGAUGGGCCCCUCUGACAGGACGUGCGAUGGGGCCGAGGGUGAGGAGGACGGGGAGCACGAGGGGGAUCAGGCGGAAGACGAGGAAAGGGCGUUGGGCAUGGGAGACAAGUGUCCGCCUCAGAAGUGCACCAUAACACAGGACAGGGGAAUGAUGGGUAAGGGAGGGAUGAUUUGUACAACGCGCAGCGGUCCGCUGAAGGUGCCGCACCGGACAGCGUACAGCCCCAAAGACAACCGGUGUAAAAACCUGAAUGCCGCCAAACUCAGCGAGGACAUUAAAGAUCACUACGUGUGAACCCCACACAGGAAGAGGAGGGACCGUCUGAGUAAAAGGAAGAAACUGCGAUGUCUUCAAUGUCACUGACUUUUCAACUCUUAAAAGCACCAAAAGUGAAGAUUACAGAUGCUUUAAUUUUAUAUUUUUUAUUUGCCUCGCCUUAUUUAAAUUCUUCUUCUGCAGCACAGAUGUUACUAUAAAAAAAAAAAAAAAAAGAGGCAUGAAAAUUAAACAUCACGGCUUCGGGAUUUCUGGAUUGUUACACUGUUGAAAUCAAGAAUUUUCUUUUCACAUUUCUAGAUUUUCUGUUUACACACAUUUCUUUCUAUUUUUUUUUUUUGCUUCACUAGAAAAAAACUAACGCUCACGUUUGUUUCUUUGAAACUUUGGAGAUUUAACUGAACGUCAUUGGCUGGCAGCUGUUAACGCCGUUUCUACUGCGUGGCGUGGUGCAUUUGUUUCCUGUCUGCCUUAGCCCACACCUGUGGGCCUUUUCUACACUGUCUUCAAAUCAUGUGUUUUUAUUUAAAGAAAAAAAAAUACUAAAAACAAGUUUUAUAUAUAUAUUUAAGUUCUUUGAAAGUUGGCACAAAGUAACCACUGUAUAAUGCCUGGCAUGAUUUUUUUUUUGUUUGUUUGUUUACAGUCAUAAACAUCUUAAAGGUUUAUAUAUCAUUUGAAAAUAAUUGGCACUACUUCCUGCAAGUCUGCAUGAUUAUUUUUCAGCAUAUUGCUUUAGUAGAAAAGUGCCUUCAGCUCCUAUUUUUACUUCUUUCCUUCCUCUUGUAGACUGUAUGCAGAUUUUAAAUACACAAAAAGGGAAAGAAGUCCUAACAACAACUCGAUCGCAGUAAAUGCUGUUUUCUUCUUUGCAUUGUACAUAUGUAAAUAUAAAAAAUGGCUGUGUAUAUUUGAGUUUAAUAACUUAAGUGAUGCUUUGUAUCAUAGUUAUUCUAAAAAAUAAGAUUGUUUUGUGGUUGUUUCUUUCUUUCUUUUUUUAAUUAUGUCAUUCCGUUUAUCAGUGUCUGUUGACACUACGACAGGUUUUAGACAGAUUUUUCAGUGCCCGUGGUCCCACUGAGUCAUGAAAACUUGUUUAAAGAGAAAUUAGGUGUUGAUUGUUUGUCUUUAUGUUUAGAAUUAUUUGUUAGAGAGCUGAUCCCAGACCUGCCAGCCAUUGGAACAGGCUGUGAGGAUCAGCUGGGUCAUCAGUGCUACAGCUACAGGAACUCCAUCAUUAACAGUCAUUUUCAUCUCACUGGAGACCUCCAGAGUGAAAUUUUAUGAGCAUUUGCAAUAGUCACCUUUUAUUACUUUUGAUACUUUUAAUUCUACAAAUUCAAUUUGUAGUGUAUUUUCUUUUUUUUGGGGGGGGGGUCCAUUUGAUCUUUUUAAACUUCAGUCCCUGAAUUUCAUUAUCACAGUGUUCAGGGCUAAGUAUAAAGCCAGUCCUCCAAAAAAUAUAUUAAUAUGACUGAUGUUAUUUUGAUUUUAUGCCAUUUUGUAUCCAGAUAGGUUCUAAUUUAUGUAUUUGCUCAGUUUUCUGUUGGACUUUUGCUAAAUUAUGUAUUUUCUUUCAUUUUCUCCACAUUGGACUUGCUGUAACACACCAUUGUCAUUUAUCACUUAAUGACUCACUCAUAACUGCUGAUCUCUACCUUCUAAUCCACAUUGUUCUUUUACAUUUGAAGCAAUCCGAGUAGAUCCAGAUCUAGGUUUCUUUGUUCAGGUUUUCCUCAGUAUCAUCACUCAAAACGAGUAAAGCUGUUCCCGAAAGCACUUCUUAAUUCAUUAAUGUCAUACUCCCUACAGAAAUGCAUGUACUGACAUUUGACAAUCAUCAUUUUGGCAUCACAGCAGGCAAGCAAAUUGAAGAAUUUUGAUAUUUGUCUUGUCAAAAGCAAAGGCGAAGCGCUGCAUGCUAUAAAUGAUGUGUUUCUGUUCAUGUCUGGCAGAAUGGAAAUAUAAUUUCAAGUUAAGAAAGUUUUUGACUGACGGUUCUGAGGUGCUCUGCCACAUGCUGCUUACGAGAUUAUUGGACACCAAAUGGCAAAAAGGAAAACUUUGGUGAAUCUUUAAUCAGCACUGAUGCAUCUGAUUUCUAUUUUCAGUAUGUAGAGGACGCAGGGUCCAAACAACUUAAAAGCCCCGCUGCCAGUCUCACUUGAGCCUCUUAGUAUGUGAGUUACAAAUUUAUAGUUCUACAGUCUGCUGACAGCAGAGGUGCUGCACAGAGCAGCAUGGUGUUAGCUUCAAACAACUCCACGGUAAUCAUCCACCCAGGGGAAGUGCUGUUUAGCAAGACACUGAAACCUCAUCACAGACAGUGUGUUGUGUGAAUGGGAACCUGCUUGCAAUAGAUGUGUCUGUAUCCUAAUGUACCGCCUCUCCCUGUGUGUAUCUACUCUGGUCUAAUGAAGGGAACAAGUUGUAUUACUGUUGAUGUUGUUUGACUGUUGUGGAUGUUGUCCAGUCUGUUUCUGCACUAAGAACACACAGGAAGAGAAAUGUUUAGUGUUACCUCCACAGCAGUUGCAGGAGGGGGUUGGGGGUCAGUUAUCGUCACUGUUUGCAGAUGAAUAUGAUGAUUUUUUUUUUCAAUAUCUUUUGUUAAUGCAGAUGCAUUCAUAGAAAACCCAAAUAAUUUUUCUCUCAGUAAAUUUUUACUUUCUGUUAGCCCCACACGGAGGGCUGAAUGUGCAGAACAUUGUAAUUAUUUUGUACAAUAUUUGGUAAAAGUCUUGGUUUGUUAGUGGAAUUUUUUUGUUUGUUCUUAGAACAAUACUAUUAUUUAUUAAAGUAUUU